AAGUUCGUCGUUCGCGGAGCUGCCGCGACUCGCACGCGCGCGCGCACGACGAUAGACUAUCUUCACGUACUUUACGGAUUCACGCAUCAUCCCGCAGGGUAUUCGCUCGAACCGUUUAUUUCCGUUUCGGGUUUCGGCUCCGUUGCUGAAGAGACACGGCUAAUCCAACUGAGCCCAUAACCAUGGAAUCUGUAGAGGAUGAUGAUGAUCGUCAGACUUCGAAAACGUCCCCUGAAAAGGUUCAAUCCGAUAUCAUUUCUGCAUUGCAGUCUAUCAAGAUAGAUAAUGUUGAAUACAGCGAGCCGGUCAAACGUCGAAUCAGGGCUUUGAAGCAACUGCAGAAGAUUACCUUGAACAUGGAAGCAAAAUUCUACGAAGAAGUGCAUGCUCUCGAGUGCAAGUAUAACACGAUGUGUGCCCCUAUGUAUGAAAAAAGAAGUCAAAUAGCUGCAGGAGUUUAUGAACCUACGGACGAAGAAUGUGUCUGCGACAGCGACGAUGAAGACAUUAAACAAGAUUCAAAAACCAAUGUCAAAAUUGAGGAUGUCACAGAAAACAAAGUUGAGAGCGAGAAUGUCAAGGGAAUUCCAGAAUUUUGGCUUACGAUAUUCAAAAACGUUGGAGUUAUGGCUGAAAUGGUGGAAGAACACGACGAACCAAUUCUCAAGCAUCUUUACGAUAUCAAAGUUAUAUUCCUAGAAUCAAAUCCAAUGGGCUUCGUCCUCGAGUUCCACUUCGAGCCAAACGAAUAUUUUUCCAACUCUGUACUCACCAAAGAGUACAUAAUGAAAUGUGCUCCAGAGAAAAACGAUCCAUUCAGUUUCGAAGGCCCAGAGAUAUACAAAAGCAAAGGUUGCGUGAUCGAUUGGAAGAAAGGCAAAAACGUGACGGUCAAGACGAUUCACAAGAAUCAGAAACAUAAAUCAAGGGCUGCAACACGUGUCGUCACCAAAACCAUACACAAUGAUUCAUUCUUCAACUUCUUCAGCCCUCCAGUCGUACCAGAUGAUGCUGAUGCCGAGUUGAACGAUGACACACAACGGCUUCUCACGAGUGAUUUUGAAAUCGGUCAUUACAUCAGAGAGCGUAUUGUUCCAAGAGCAAUCGUUUAUUUCACAGGUGAAGGAUUGGAAGAUGAGGAUGAAGAUUGGGACGAGGAAGGCGAUGAAGAUGAGGAUGAUGACGAAGAUAGAGACGAUGAUGAAGAUGAUGAUGAGGAAGGGUCAAACGCGAAUCCACGAGCAGCGGCUGGAAAAGCUGCUGACUGUAAGCAACAGUAGAUUUUUUUUUUGCAAAAAUAAUCAACCCACGAUAGACGACCAUCCGCUGAUCAAUGAACUGCUGAUCGACUAUUGCCUGAUAACCUAAAUUGUAACCGAGAUUUCAAUGCGAGAGAAAAAGAAACAACCAUCGUGCAGAUUAAGGCCUGCUAAUCUCUAUCCUGUAUCUUCGUUUCCAGGUCGUCUUUAGAAAAAAAAAAAAUAAUCACUUCAACGUACCUUAAGUCCAACACUUUAAAUUUUUUCAUUUUAUACUAUUGUUACGUUUAUAUGCCAAUCGUGAAGUUGAAUCUUAUUCUUUUUUAAACGCAUGUUGUGACCUGUGAAAAACAAAUUUUGAGUACUGUUGAAGCAUUUUUAAUACAAAAUGUUCUGAAAAUAAAAAAAAAAAAAACAUACAACGUUUUCA